AUGCUCCCGCUGCUCCUCCUGCUCCUGCCCGCCGCCCACGGCAUAGUCCAGCUGGGGUACAAGCCGGCCCUGACCCAGGAGCCCUCGCUGGGGGGGCAGACGACCGCCUCCACCUUCGUGCUGGACCAGCCCCGCUGCGUCUUCGAUGACUACGGCAACGCCGACAUCUGGCUGGUGGUGGCCCUGGCCAGUGCCGUAUCCAACUUCAACAACAGCGCGAGGCCGGGGACUCCCGAGACCGCAUUCCAGAACUUCACUGACCCCGUCCAAGCCUACAUGACCCUCAACACCACCCUGGCCAACUACCCCUGCUCCAAGCCCGCCGGGGACAUCACGGUGCUGCGCGUCGGCAGCGAGACGAGCUGUGCUCAGGAUGUGACGAGACCCACCUGCAAUGGCCCCCUGCCCGGCCCCGGGCCCUACCGGGUGAAGUUCCUCGCCCUGGAGGGCUCUGUGCCCGUGGCUGAGACAAAGUGGUCGCUGCCAAUCACGCUGAAGGAAGCCAAGUCACCCAACACCAUCUCCACGACGCGCAACGGGCACAGCGCCGGCAUGAUCGCCAUCACCACCAUCCUCUCCAUCCUCUUCGCCAUCCUCCUGGCCGGACUGGUGGCCAUGCUCGUCUUCUGGAGCUCGGACUCCUGCAGCGGCAGCAGCACCUUCAGCAGGCCGGAGUCGGUGACGGUGCGGCGGUACAAUACCCACCACGUCUAUGACCAGCCGGCCGCCCGGCUCUGA